GGAGGCAGAAGCGCCUCCUCCCUGCCGAGAGCCGAGGCGACGACCGAGGGGGAGGAAGACUCCUCACCUUGCCCCCGAUGAGGGGCGGAUCAUGCCAUGGCAGCGCCGGCGAGCGACAGCGGCGGCGGCGGCGGCGAGCGGAGCCCAACCAGCAGCCCCGGGAGCUCGACAGGAGCCGGGGUCGCCGCGGCGGGAGCCCGGGACGGCGGGGACGCGGCCGCUCGGAGCGCCGCCGUGACCGUCCCCGGCCUGCCUCCGCUCGAGGACUACGAGUGCAAAAUCUGCUACAACUACUUCGACGCGGACCGGCGCGCGCCCAAGCUGCUGGCGUGCCUGCACACCUUCUGCCAGGAGUGCCUGAGCCAGCUGCAGCUCCGCGCCGCCGCCGCCGCCGCCGCCGCCUCUGCGAGCGCCGCGCCUGAGCGCCCGCUGCGCCCGCCGCCCUGGCACGGCCCGCCCGGCGCCAUCGCGUGCCCCGUGUGCCGCCACCGCACGCCGCUGCCCGACAGCCGCGUGCACGGCCUGCCCAACAACACCAAGCUCGCCGAGGCCUUCCCUCUGGCCCUGCGCGCCGCGCACGACCCGCUGCCCCAGCCCCGCGCCCGCGCCGGCCUGCGCGCCCCGGGCGCCUACGAGAGCUGCCAGAACUGCAAGCGCGCCGCGCUCACCGCCGGCUGCGUGUGCGUCGUCUUCUCCUUCCUCUCCAUGGUGGUGCUGCUCUUCACCGGCCUCAUCUUCGUCAACCACUACGGCGGCGGCGGCGGCGGCGGCGGGGGGGCACCUCCCGGCGGCGGGGCGCCCCCUGGCGCUGCCCCCGCUGCCGGGUCGCCCUCGCCCGUGGGGCCCAUCUGUCUGUCGGUGGCCAGCAUCCUGGCGCUCUUCUCGGUCGUCGUCACUUGGGUCAUCUGCUGGCUCAAGUACCGGCCCGAGGGCGCGGCCGCUGGCUCGGCGGGGGGCGGCGGGGGCGGCCCGAGGGCGCGGGCGGCGGCUGGCGGCGGCGCGCGGAGGAGCGACACGUAA